CAUUAGGUUACUUUAGUCAGUCAGUGGAUCAUCAGGGACGUGCAAGCACACCCGCGUUUGACUGUCGUUUGCUACGAGUAUCCAAAAAUGACACUGGAACCCUUGAGGUCGGCUUUAUCUUAUGGGGACAUCGGAGAGACGUCGCUGGCGCUUCCGUCAGACGGAGCUUCCCACUCGGGCCAGAGGCGCGUCAUGGAGCAGGUUACCACCAUGAGGAAGAGCAAGAGCAAGUACACCAACAGAGGAUCAGCAGGAACACUGUCCCCCACCAGCCCCAAGAGUGACAGUGUGUUUUAUGAAUACAAGUUCCCCUCCUCUAAUCUAAAUGGAUCGGACUUUGCGUAUGAAGGCACCUCGGCAAAUGGACACACAAGAACGAGGAAACAGAAGCAGAGCAUAAUGCAAAGGAGCGUCAGCACCAGGUCAGGUAACUAUCACAGGAUCCAAAAUAACAACAUGUUACCAAGCAGCCUUCCUGCUCUAAGCCAACCCAGUCCCUACAUGGACCUCUACACCACUCAAAUGGGCAGUAAGAAUAACACCACCCAUUGGAGCCAGAGGUACAAGCAGUCAAAAAUCCUGGACAAGAGUCACAGCCAUCCUCCACUCACCAGUCCUGUUCAAAUGAUAGCAGGCAACAGCUUUCACAGCACCGGCAAUCAGUUCUCUGGCAGCAAUACCCUCAACAGGCGACCUCCUUCUGCCCACUCAAACUCUGAGCCCAAGCUCUCAGUGGCCAGCAGGAAGAGUGAGAUGAACGGAAUGAAUGGAGAGGCAAACAUGUCUGAUAUCACAUUAUCAGAGGCGAUAUACUGGAUCAGCCAGAGUGACGAAAGGUAUAAGCUGCAUGGAGCUUCCGUUAUUCAGCACAGCACAUACACGGAUGACAAUGCCAAAGAAGAGGUACGGAAGCUAAAAGGCAUUGCUCCAUUGGUGUCCUUGCUUAGCAGCUCAAACCCUCAGAUCCAGCUGACGUCGGCCUCCGCCCUGCGUAACCUUGUCUUCAAGAAUUCAGCCAACAAGGAGGAGGUGCGGCGCACAGGAGGGUUGACCGCGGCUUUGCAGCUACUCCGAGACACUAACUCGGCUGAAACUCAGAAACAUGUGACCGGACUUCUGUGGAACCUGUCCUCAGAGGAAAGCAUUCAACCCGAUCUGCUACGUCAGGCUCUACCUGUCCUCACAGAGACGGUGCUGCAGCCGAACGCAGACACCUCAGCCUUGGCGUCUGAUGUUGAACCACGUAUUGAGAGCUUCUGCAACGCCACAGCAUGUCUACGAAAUCUGAGUUCUGGCAAACUGGCAAACCGUCAAGCCUUGCGCAACUGUGAGGGCCUGAUUGACUCACUAGUCACACACAUGCAGUCUUGUGUGGACAAUGGCAAUCAGGAUGAUAAGUCUGUGGAGAACUGUGUGUGUGCUCUGCACAAUCUCACCUAUCAGCUGGAAAGCGAGGUGCCUGCUGUGUUUAGCAAGAUACAAACGCUGGCUACGGCUUCUGAAAGCCGCAAUAACGUGGCUGACACCGGCCCUAUCGGCUGCUUUAGCAACCAGAGCCGCAAGAUCCAGCAAGAGAGCAACUCCGAAUACCCAUUGAUGGAUGAUUUCAAUCCCAAAGGCAAGAGCCAGCUUAUUCACUCAAAGACACUGCAGUUGUAUCUGAAUCUGCUUGGCUCCACUCAGAACACAAACACCCAGGAGGCAUGCUGUGGAGCACUGCACAACCUCACCGCCAAGAAGGGCAUCGUGUCAGAUGUGUUGAGUCACACCAUCGUUCAGAGGCUGAAUGGUCUGCAGAACCUCUCUCCACAGCUACAGUCACCGAAUCUUGCCCUGAAGAACAGCAUCAUUACACUGAUUGGGAACCUGUCUCGACCGCCACAGCUGCACAGAACUCUGGCGCGUCAGGCUCUUCCUGGUCUCGUCAAGAGCUUGACAACUGACCUUACUCCAGAGUCUGAUAGCGCCAUGGCGGUGGCCUGCCACACAGCAAACAACCUGAUGAGGGCAGAACCUGAGAUGGGGAAGAAAUUGCUAAGCAGUGCCAUGAUGAAUUCACUCAAUAACAUGAGUCAAAACAUAGCCAUGCCGAAGACCAGUAAGGCAGCAGGAGCUCUCCUUCAUAGCCUCUGGUCUGACAAGAAUAUUCAGAGUUUCCUCAAGAAGCAAGGGAUGAAUAAGACAUUCUUUGUGAAUGAGACAACUUCAGCUGCCCUCAGGUCUCUUCAGAUCAUUGAAUAAUUUGAUUAACCCAUUGUUAACCGCAGUAGUCCAAUUCUACGGAACAGCUACAGAAAGUGACUUGCUAUACCUUUACUUAUCCAAUAAAAUCAUAUAUUCCUGUCCGCUUUAAGUAUAAAGAACUGCAGAGGUAAUGAAAAAGCAGUUGAGUUUGCACAGAACUGGAAAAAAAAAAUGUCUAUUUCUUUAUCUUUGUAAUUUCACAUUAAUUUUGUGUUGCAUGGAGGCACCGUAAUGGAAACUUAUUACAUUUAUAUUGCAAUUUUUGAGAAAAUAGCUUCACAUUUUCUAUCUAUUUGAUGUAUUGCUAUUGUGAGUAUGAUGUCUAACAUGAAUAGAAAAGGAAUGAUGCCUGCCUACACGAGAAGGGAUAAACUGCUAUUUUUCAUGGCUUUUUAUUUGGAAUAUGCUUGUGUUAAAAUAUAAAAAAAAACAGUGCAAAGAUUUGGGUUCUGGUUCCUGCCAAACCAUUACAGUUAGCAUUAGGGUGAGGUAUAAGACACCAAGGUAUUAUUAUGAAUAUUAAUGUUUUUUUGUUUUUUUUUCCCUGAUGCAUUGCCUUUUAAUAAUUUUUCACUUUUUCUUAAGAAUUGAAUAGGGUUCCUUUGUAGUUGGUCAUUUCAUUUGAGUCUCAUGUUUGAGUUGUUAAUAUCUUUAUUUCCCAGCAGAAACCAAAUAAAGCUUUUUGCAGUGGUA